AUGUAUCUCAAUAAAUUAUUUUCACAGAAAGUCUACUCUCAAACCAUUCAACGAUGCUCAUUCUACAGGUAACAAAUAUGAUCUGUUUAAACCUAGAAAAUGUGAUUUUUCAGAAAUGCCACCGGACAAUUCGGCUCACUGGACAAUUCGACCAAACAUGAAGUGAUGUCUGAAGGUCAGUUUUUUAAAUUGAAUUUAUAUUGGAAACUCGAGAAAAAUUUGCAACGAGGAAAGCUCGGAGAAAAAGUAGCAAGUUUUGCGACAUGUUGGCUUAAAGUCUAUUUUUGUAGAAAAACUUGCUGCUUUUUCUCCGAGUAAAUUUUUUGUGCAGUUUUUCACGCUAGAAAAGAUCCGUUUUACUGCGCGACGCUCAUUGUCAGAAGAGCACAAAAAUGAGCCUAAGAUUGAGAAUGUUCUGAAAAUCGCGUUUUUGAGAGCCUACAACUGAUCUAAAGAUGAUUUUAUCAAAAACUGAAAACAUGAAAUUGAUCAGAAGGGCCGAUUCACCAAAGUUGACAGAAUGUUCCAAAAAUUUUCAAAAUCUGAGCCUAUGUUCUGAGCCACAAGUUUUUCUUUGAAAAAAUAAUGAUUUACUAACCAAAAAGUGUGUUUCUGGUAAAUCGAGCCUCCUGAACAACUCAGUUUUUGCUGAUAAUGUUUGAGGACUAGGUUAUAGGCUCUCAAAACUGCGAAUUUUCAAAAUUUUUGACUAUUGACACAUUUUUGUGCUCAUCCGAGAAUCGCGCAAUUCCCAGACAAAAUGUUCGAAAAAGACUCAAAUUCAAAAUGUAUCAUUUCUCUCGAAGCACUGCCUCCCCAAAUCUACGUGUGUGUGGAAAAACGAAAAAUGUCUGGCACGCUCUCGCAAACACACACUCUCUCGCACACAACUUUUUACUUUUAUUUCGCGAAAACAGUGCAUAUUAGGAGCUGAUUUUUAUGUGUUUUUCAUCGGAACCACAAUAUGUGUUAUACAUAGUUCGAAAGAGAAUUUCUUCGGCUACAAGCACAUAUGAAAUGUUAUAAAUGAAACCGAGAUAAAAAAAUAAAAAUUUCAUGCAAACAUGACAUGGUUUUUUUGAAUUGUGUGAAAAACGCAUGUGUUUUUUGAUGACCUGGCUUAUUUUUUGAAUAUCGAAUAUAUGUAUAAUCGAGUCGUAGUUUUGUUCAGAAUCUCAAGGGCUUUCAGAUGGUAUAAAUCAAUAUUUAUGAAAUUGUGAAAUCAUGGAGGAGUAGGGAUUUUUCGUUUGUCAAUUUUUAAAACGAAAUUUUCAUUUUCAUUUGAAAAGAACUCGAAUGAAGUUUACAUACGUUUUGAAGAGAAUUUCUCGGGCUUCAAAAUCAUAUAUAUUUCUAUACACAAAAAUGGAAAUUGAAAGCACCGCUUUCGGUUGAAAACUCACCGCUGUUUUUCGCAACGCUACUGAACGCGGUUUGUUUGUUUGGUGCAAACCCAACAAGUUUUCAACCAGGGUUCCGACUCUAAGGCCUGAAGUACUAGUACCGCAUAGUACAUGUACUAGGAAAUAGUACUAAACAGCCUAAUGUACUGAACGUUUGAGCAAGGCCUUGUUUAAAAGUACUGUUUAAACAGUACAUUCAAACAAGGCCUUGCUUAAAGACUUGUUUAAACAGUUCAUUUAAACAAGGCCUUGCCUAAAAGUACUGUUUAAGCAGUACAUUUAAACGAGGCCUUGUUUGAAUGUCUAGGCCCUAAUUCAUUUAGACGCUACCUGUCUAGGCAAGAUGCGGAAUUAAACACGGAAAAUAUAGUACACUAGUACAGUACUGAAAAUGAUCUAGAGCUGUACUAUAAGGCAUGUUCCACCAAAAAAAAAUUUUUUUUGAUUUUGAGGUAUUUGGGCACGGGAACAUUUUGGUGAGGUAUACGGUCGGGAACAGACUUUUAAAGGCACAUGCCAGACUAUUACACAUUUUCCGAGAUAUUUUUUUUCAAACUAUCAUAACUUUUUUAAUUUUGAAGCUUUUUUGAAAUUUCGACAACCAUUUUAACGGUCUUGAGGUGGGCUUCAUUUUUUGUGUUAACACCAACUUUCCUACUUUGCUCCUAGGGGGUGAAAAACACGUUUUUCUCUAGAAAAUGUCAAUUUUUGAUGAAAAUUCGAAUGAAAAUGCAUUUUUCACCCCCUAGGAGCAAAGUAGGAAAGUUGGUGUUAACACAAAAUAUGAAGCCCACCUCAAGACCGCUAAAAUGGUUGUCGAAAUUUCAAAAAAGCUUCAAAAUUAAAAAAGUUAUGAUAGUUUGAAAAAAAUAUCUCGGAAAAUGUGUAAUAGUCUGGCAUGUGCCUUUAAAAGUCUGUUCCCGACCGUAUACCUCACCAAAAUGUUCCCGUGCCCAAAUACCUCAAAAUCAAAAAAAAUUUUUUUUGGUGGAACAUGCCUUAUAGUACAGCUCUAGAUCAUUUUCAGUACUGUACUAGUGUACUAUAUUUUCCGUGUUUAAUUCCGCAUCUUGCCUAGACAGGUAGCGUCUAAAUGAAUUAGGGCCUAGACAUUCAAACAAGGCCUCGUUUAAAUGUACUGCUUAAACAGUACUUUUAGGCAAGGCCUUGUUUAAAUGAACUGUUUAAACAAGUCUUUAAGCAAGGCCUUGUUUGAAUGUACUGUUUAAACAGUACUUUUAAACAAGGCCUUGCUUAAAUGUCUUAUGUACUAGUGCAUCGCAAUCAAGGUACUAGGUAGUACUGUACUAGGAAUGAAUUGAAAUUCGGAACUCUGUUUUCAACCGAAAGCGGUGCUUUCAAUUUCCAUUUUUGUGUAUAGAAAUAUAUAUGAUUUUGAAGCCCGAGAAAUUCUCUUCAAAAUGUAUGUAAACUUCAUUCGAGUUCUUUUCAAAUGAAAAUGAAAAUUUCGUUUUAAAAAUUGACAAACGAAAAAUCCCUACUCCUCCAUGAUUUCACAAUUUCAUAAAUAUUGAUUUAUACCAUCUGAAAGCCCUUGAGAUUCUGAACAAAACUACGACUCGAUUAUACAUAUAUUCGAUAUUCAAAAAAUAAGCCAGGUCAUCAAAAAACACAUGCGUUUUUCACACAAUUCAAAAAAACCAUGUCAUGUUUGCAUGAAAUUUUUAUUUUUUAUCUCGGUUUCAUUUAUAACAUUUCAUAUGUGCUUGUAGCCGAAGAAAUUCUCUUUCGAACUAUGUAUAACACAUAUUGUGGUUCCGAUGAAAAACACAUAAAAAUCAGCUCCUAAUAUGCACUGUUUUCGCGAAAUAAAAGUAAAAAGUUGUGUGCGAGAGAGUGUGUGUUUGCGAGAGCGUGCCAGACAUUUUUCGUUUUUCCACACAUACGUAGAUUUGGGGAGGCAGUGCGAAGUUUUUACUCUCAAUUUCAAUUAGCUAUUUUCCAGCUUCAUCAAAAACCGCGCACCGACACUUGCCGAUCAAACAAAUGACCAACAAAACACGGAGGGAUGCCAAGGAAAGUAAAUUUUUUAUGUUUUUUGAAUAA